AUGACUAAUAUACAAUCAACUUUGAAACAGAUUCAAGAGACAGAAAACAUAUACUUUGAUUUAAUAACAUCUAAACUUGUCAUAAAUAAUAUUACUGAUAACGACGAGGAUCCGAAUAUCUCUUUCAUAAACUUAAAAGCUAGGAAUGGAAACAAGACUCAUAGAGUUGAUGAUUUAGUGAUAUUUACAGCUUUCAUUGAUGCUUAUCCACCGCCAACUCUUACGUGGUUCACACCCAACGGUACUGAGAUUGUUUUGGGUAGAAAGUUCAGAAUGCCUAAUUACAAAAAACAAUAUCCAAAGUAUCCAGAAAGCAACUUAAUAAACCCAUUAGUUCAGUUAGAAGACCAGGGAAUUUAUACUCUUCGAGCAAAUAACAGCAAUGUAGUAAAGCUUUUGAAUUUUUCUCUUACAGUUUAUGAGGAGCCACAUGUUAUAUUAAUCGAAGAAGAACUCAAGUCUUUUUACACUCUAAACCAAAGCGCAACAUUCGCUUGCCAAGCUACUGGCAAUCCUAAGCCAAAUAUAACUUGGUUCUACAAAAUGUGUCCAGAUUAUUAUUCUACGCAUGAUUGCAAAAUAGUGGAGUUGAAGGCUGAGCAGAGUAGAAAUAGCUUUUAUUCAAAAUUAAAAGUAAAUUUGGUAGCAUUUGGCGAAAUCAUUUGCAAGGCCUGCCAUUUAUAUGCUUGUGACUCGAAAAGACAUGGAAUUCAAAUUACUGACUUAGUCGAUGAUGCACCUUAUGGACUAAUAGGGCCAGAAGAGACGUAUUAUGGUGACAACGUUACUAUAACCUGUGCUGCUGUUAAAAGUAAAUAUUUAUUUUUAAUUUGGUUGGACGACUGCUUCGAAAAAAUAAUUAAUACAGCAAAAAUUCAUCUAACAUCAAAAGUCACUAAUUUUACUGUUCGUGAGGAACUAUUAAUCUAUAACAUAAGUCAAUUAGAUGAGAAAGACUACUACUGUAAAGUAAAGUCCGAUUAUGGGACUAUCAAAAAAAUAAGAUACUCCCUUGUUUCUAAACUGCCGAGAAAACCUUAUUUCAUUAAAGACAAUAUGAAUUCUACCAACAUAACUGAAUUAUCAACAGAUGCUCGAAACGUUAUUCAUUUGUUGUGUUACGUUGGAGGAACGCCAACACCGAAUAUAACAUGGUACAAGGAUGAUGAACCUUUGGAUCUCCCGGAAGAUCGAUUGAGCCUGUUAUCUAAUAGUCAAAAAUUAAUAUUAAGAUAUCUGGUGAAAGAUGAUAGUGGCAAUUAUUCUUGUCGUGCUGAAAAUCGAUUUGGAAAAACAGAAAAAUUUCAAAUGGUUAAUGUUACAGAGGUUGAAAAUCGUUUUCUUCAACUUACAUUGAUAGUUUGGUUCAUCGUAAUUCUUAUUUUACUUCUUAUUCACUUUUCUUUUAAAGUACUACAUAAAAAGAUAACAAAAAAGCAGUUGUUAAAAGCUGGCUUGACUAAUUUUAAUAACGGAGCCGUUGAUUUAAUAAAUCCUGAUCUUACAGUUAAUGAUCAAGCUGAGUAUCUUCCAUAUGAUGAAAAGUGGGAAUUUCCUAGAGAAAAACUACAGUUAGGUCAACAGUUGGGAAGUGGAGCUUUUGGGGUUGUAGUAAAAGCAGAAGCUUCUGGGAUUUGUGCUACGGAGGCUGUCACAACCGUAGCUGUGAAAAUGGUUCACGAAAAUGCUGAGUCAGUUUAUGUUCGCGCUCUUGUGAAAGAAUUUAAAAUUAUGAUGCAUCUGGGGCAACACUUGAACGUUGUAAAUCUUCUGGGUGCCUGUACAAAAAAUAUUGUUAAACGUGAAUUUUUAGUGAUUCUUGAAGCCUGUGCUUAUGGAAACCUACAAGAUUAUUUGAUAUAUCAUCGACAAAAUUUCAUAAAUCAAAUUGAUCCAUCUACUG